CUUCCACAGACCCUGGCGCGGCGGAGGCACCAGUCCCGAUCCACGCGGCCCGGCGGACGGACGCACCCGCACCCCUAGCCACGGCAAACUUUACAAAUUCAAACUUCGAACGUGUGCUUUCUUUUUUAUUUUAUCGGGGUUGUGAGCGGCCAGGGCUGAGUCAGCUGGACGGACGCAAAGAGAUAUCAAUGUGGAAACCGAAGCGACUAUGUGUAAACUACUAGUUUAUGUAAUUCUUUGGGCAACAAAACCUUACGUGUGAAUAUGGAGGCGGAACUACCUACUUUUCACCGGCUGACUUCUUCGAGGUUCUACCAACAGUAUGCGGCGCCUCCCGUGCGGAUCUCCUCCAACUAUCUCCACGAGAUCAUUCCGCAGCAGAACCCGACUCUUCUGCAGCAGUACCUGGCAUACUACCAUGAACCUCUGGUCCCGCUGGACCUGAGUCUAAAGUCCACAUCACCGAUAACACCGCCUUGCACGCCACCACCUUCCAACAAACGAAAAUCACCAGAAACCAGACCAAAAGAGAAAACACCAAAAAUAUUCCGCCAUUUUGAGGAAGACUCGAAAGACGCAAGUGAAGAUAUAGCUUGCAAUGUCGAGAAAAGGAAGAUAGACAGUAAUUCUAACGACAGUGAUAGCCCAGAGGCGAAAAAGCUUAAAUUCACAAAACAAUUCUUCGAGGAACUUCAAACGUGUCUACCGAAAAGAGAUACAACACCGACUAGAAGUGAAAGGAGUUCUCCAGAUGUCGUGGAGGUAGAAAUAAAAGAUGUUGAAGAGAGACCGAAGAAAACUCCACCAAAACCAGUCGUACCGCAGAAGAAGUCAAAAGCCGUCCGACGACUCCUGUUUGAUGAAGAUAAAACAUCUCCUGUAUCUGGAACCAUCAUCAGAGACUUGGAUGAAGACGAAAACCUCGUAGUUCGUAAGGGUGACAUAGAUCCAGCAUUCAACGUGGUGGAAAUCACAGAAGAGGCCAAGUCUCUGAUAGCGAGCAUAGAGAAUCGUCUCGGCCGGUACAUCUGCCGACUGUGCAAGAAGCUGUAUGGCGACGCGUUCGGCCUGGCCCAACACCGCUGUUCAAGGAUCGUGCAUAUCGAGUACCGAUGCCCCGAGUGUGAUAAGGUAUUCAACUGCCCAGCCAACCUGGCGUCACACCGUCGCUGGCACAAGCCCAGGGUCCCCGGGGCCACCAAGCGGCGGGACCCUCCGUCGGAGACCGGGCGCUUCCCGUGCCAGCACUGCGGCAAGAUGUUCCGUCGCCAGGCGUACCUCAAGAAGCACCUCGUGGCACAUGAGACGCCUGAGUCUGAUGAGAAGGAACCCUCGGCCUUCCGCCAGGUCCACGCUGACUACCCCGCUUAUGCUGCGGAAUCCUUACGCGACAGCAACUUCAACACCUUCUGGAGCAAGAUCCCGCCGCCUCAGCAAGACUUCGGGUGGGAGGGGGUCAGGAACUGUCCAUCAUCAUGCUCAUCUGAAGACUCUAGGUCUCUGGACGUGACGGGGUCGGAGGACGAGGGCGGGGGCGGCGGCGGGGCGCGGGACGGGUGACGGCGCGUGCUGCGGCCGGUGCCGCGCUUCCCCUACCCCCCGCACCCCCCGACGCAUCUCCCCACCCCCCUUUACCCUUACAACACGCCUGCCAGCUAUCUCCACGAUAACUCACUGUAUUUCUCGUAAGUUUUGUUGACUCAUUCGUUAAGUUAAGGUAAGUUUUUUGUGUAUAUUAUGACGUUGUUUAUCUGUAAAUUGUGUAUGUUCAUUGUAUUUGUACAUAUCAUCCUACGGCUACAUUCCAAAAUUAUAACACAUCACGGUGUCAAACAUCUUUUGUGGUGCUUUGUAAAUACAUAGCUUAUUAUCAUUAACUUAUUUCAUAGUUUCAAAGUUCUAGCUUGCUAAGGUAUGUAAAAUAAUAUCUUCAUCAU